CUGCAUGAUGGGUAAUUGCUAUAAUUCUGUUCACCUGGGCACCAAGCACCUGAAGGAGCUGCAAUUAACUCCCUACAGCAGUUUCUCUGCUUGUGUUGCUGUUCUACCAUUACAGGAUUUAUUUAUGCCCAUGGAAUAAUUAAAUGUGUGAAUUUGUCAUGUGGAAUCAAGCUUGCAGUCAGUCUGGUGGGGUGAGCUGCAAAACAUCGAUAUCAAAGGCAGCUCUUCAGAUCUUGCCCUGCACGGUGUCUCAGCUCCUGUCAGCUUCCCAAGUCAACAAUGAUACCUUUGCAAUCUGUGACUGGGAAUUCAACCAGGUGUCUAUAGUGGGUGUCAUCAGAGGGUUUGCACCUGUCAAGACCAGCAUCCACUACACAGUAGACGACAUGACUGCUCCACCGCUAAUCGUGAAGCAGUGGGUUAAUGAUGAGGCUCAUGAACGUGAAUGUGCGUCUCCUGGUACGUAUGUGAAGGUUAUAGGAAGUCUGCGCAAGUCAAGUGGUCAGAGGUCGUUGCUGGGAGUCCACAUCCGAUGCCUCAAGGAUUUGAACGAGAUCACCUCUCACAUGCUGGAAGUUGUUCAGGCCCAUAUGGAGCUUUUUAGAAGGGUGUUUGAUGUGAACAUGAAUACCACUCUUGCCCCGCUGUCUGGAAGCCGCGCUGGGGGACAUCCUCAGAAUAUGCAAGACCUUUGAUGCGUCAUGUCAACAACCACAGCGGCAAAUCUAAUGGUGUUACUGUAACUCUUGUUAUUGCAAGAAAUGCGAACCCUUGAACAUUUAGUUGCAUUUUAGGCUGCAACAGUCUCAGACUAUCAGUUAAAUGGAAUCAUUCAUUUAAUAGUAUGGAAAAAACAUAAUAGGGAAAAACAUACUAGUGCAUGUUGUUGCCUUGUGGUCUGGGAUCAUAUGAUGAGCUUUUUUGUUUCUGCUCUGAAGAAAGUAACUUGUAUAAAGUGUUGAAUUUAAUUAGAGGUCUACUUUGUCAAAUGGAUCUGCUUUUCUGUUGACGAACAUUUCAAAUCAGCAGAUCCUUAAGUUAUGUAUAUAAGUUGGCCCCUCCCUCCUAUGAGCCUCACAAAGGUUUAUGGUAAUGAUUGUUAUUGAUUAUUGAUUAUUCUUCUUCACGUUCUGUGAAAUAAUUUUUUUCUGCAGAAUAUUUAGCUAACCCCAAGAUGAUUACUGUAAACUCUAAAAUUAAUAUCACAUGUAUAUUGUGUCCAUCUUUAUUUAAAACACUUCAAACAUUAGUUUUUACACUGUCACCCAAGAGUUUCCCAGAAACUUAAGAUAAGUUUUUUUAAUUAAAAAAAGUUUAUAUGUAAUCAGCUGUGUGAAAUCAGCAUAAAAAUGACCUGAUUAUUAUUUUAAAUUGCUGUGUAAUAAUUAAUAAUUAAAUAUUUUUUGAAAAGGU